AACUCGUACCCAAAAGGUAAAAGUCAACUCGUACCCAAGAAUCUGGUUACGAGUUGACUCCUCAUUGUCAAUGUCCUGUGGGGUAAGCAUUUUCAGAGUUACUGUAAACAAUUUUUUUACUUGUUCGAUUUCUUCUUAAAUAUUGGUACAAAUGUAUAUCAUCUCAAAUCUAGGACAUGUGUAUUUUCAAAUUAGGCUGGGGCAGAGCUGUAGUCAUAUUGGAAGCUUACUUUUUGCAUUGAGCCAUGCCAAACCCCAGGAAAGCUGCACAAGUAUGCCUUGCAAAUGGGUGGUACCCACAGCAAGGUCUAACAAACCCAACGGUCCAUUAGAAACCUUGAGCCGAAGGAAGUCCAAAGAGGAUAAGACAGACAGCGACACCAAUGACAUAGAGAAUACUUCAUUUGACCCUCGCCAUACCACUCACAGAGACUUUGACUUAAAUGCUACACUCCUUCAGUUGAGAAAUUUGAAGGAAAUUUUUCCAAGUACAGGUAUGAGUCAUUUGUGGAACAUCCCAGAUGAUGUCCCAAUAGCUGAGAGGGAGAUAGAGGUGGAAACAUAUGAAGAUCCAUUAGAAACGGCAUCCAAAGCACUGAUCUUGUCAAAGGAGAAUUUGCCAAUCCCAAUUUCAAUUGAUGAAAAUCUGAGCGCCUAUGUAGAGGAAAGGACAAGAGGUCAACGAUCAUGUUCCCUUUGGAGUGAACUCCACAAAGGGAGAAUCACGAGUUCUCUCUUUGGUGCCAUUUUAAAUGCUGGACCUAACCCCAGGAACCUUGUGGACCAAAUUAUUAAUGGGUCCAGUUUGCAAAGAUAUCAAACACUUCCUCGUCCAGUCCAGUGGGGUGUAGACCAUGAGAAAGAAGCAGUGAAAGACUACUUGACUCUGCAGAAUGCAGUCUCUGAUGUGACAGUGGAGGCAUCUGGGCUUACCAUUUACCCAUCUCAUGCAUUUUUAGGUGCAAGCAGUGAUGGAUGGGUAAAUGAUAAGUCCAUGUCCAUGGGAAAUCAGAGAGGGGUGAAUUUCAAAUGCAGGAAAUGGCAAAAAAACCUACUGUAA